AUUAACUGCACGGGUCAGACAGACUGACAACUGAACUGUGCCCCCACACCACUGUCUGUUAAAUAGAGACUCUGUGUGUGGGCUGUCAGAGCAGUAGAGCAGCCUAGUACAGUAAUCCAAGUCAGUGCGUCAAACUAACGUAGCUAAACAAACUGAUAACGUCGUGACAGAAAGAGAAGGAAGAAAGAGAGAAAUAGACAGUCAGCCUGGAAGAGGAGGAAGAAGAACAGAAGACCUGACAGAAAGACAGAGAGAAACGAAAUAGUAAAAGAGACAAAGUGGGACGGGAAAAGGAAGACCUAAGACCUGAGAGAAUUACAGAGAGAAAAGGACAGAGUAACAGAGACAGAUAGUGUAUGUGAGGAAGACCUUACAGAAGACCUUACAAAGACAGAGAGAAAAGAAAUAGAGAAGAGUGCAAGAGGAAGACCCAAACAGAAGGCCUGAUAGAAAGAGAGAAAGAAGAAAGAUAGAGUGAGGAAGACUAACAGAAGAACAAGAUGCCUAUUCGGAUGACCAAACGCAGCCGGGAGCCAGAGAGUCUGGAGAUGAAUAAGUUGCGUCAGAGCCUGCGCCGGAAGAAGCCCACAUACGUGCCGGAGGCCAGCCGACCCCACCAGUGGCAGGCGGAUGAGGAGGCCGUGCGCAAGGGCAAAUGCAGCUUCCCCGUGCGGUAUCUGGGUCUGGUGGAGGUGGAGGAGUCCAGGGGAAUGCAUGUAUGUGAAGAGGCGGUGAAGAAACUCAAAGUGAGCGGUAAGAAGACAGUGAAGGCCGUGCUAUGGGUGUCUGCCGACGGGCUGAGGGUGGUGGACGACAAGACCAAGGAUCUCAUCGUGGACCAGACCAUUGAGAAGGUGUCCUUCUGCGCGCCUGACCGCAACUACGACAAAGCCUUCUCCUACAUCUGCCGCGACGGCACCACGCGCCGCUGGAUCUGCCACUGCUUCAUGGCGCUCAAGGACUCGGGGGAGCGUCUGAGUCACGCGGUGGGAUGCGCCUUCGCCGCCUGCCUGGAGCGCAAGCAGAGGCGGGAGAAGGAGUGCGGCGUCACGGCCUCGUUCGACGCCAGCCGCACGUCGUUCGUGCGCGAGGGCUCCUUCCGGGUGACUUCGGGCAGCCAGCAGGGUGAGCAACAACUCCAGGAUAAGAAGAAAGAGCCCGCGGUGUCGGCCAUGCCUCCAGGCAAUGCCUCCCCCCCGGAGGGCGCGGCGUCCCCCGGUGAGCGUGGCGAGCCCCACGCCGCCAUCCCGCGCCGCCACGCACCCCUGGAGCAGCUGGUCCGGCAGGGCUCCUUCCGCGGCUUCCCCGCGCUCAGUCAGAAGAACUCGCCCUUCAAGAGGCAGCUGUCGCUGCGCCUCAACGACCUGCCCUCCACACUGCAGCGCAAGGGAGACUACCAGGCCAAGAACCCAGUCCCAGAGAUGGACCUGACGGUGUCCGGAGAGGACGGCAGCAUCAACGCGCUGUGCAGCCAAAUCAACAGCUCCUUCACCAAGCCCUCAGAGGAGCUAUGUGCCAAGCCCUCCACCAAUGGCCUCCCUGUCAGCUCCAUGCCCCCCAUCAUCCCCCCUCCGCCCGCACCACUGCAGGCCACCACCGGAUGGGUGCAGACGGAGAGUCCCGUACAGGGGCCCCCUACUGGGCCCCAGGGGGGCCACAAGCGCACCCCCUCGGAAGCCGAGCGCUGGCUGGAAGAAGUGUCCAAGGCCGUGAAGGCCACCCAGCCAACUGCACCCGGUCAGCCCGCCCCCACCCAGCCGCCACCCCCCACCAUACCCACCCUGCCAGGCCCACCGGUGCACACCUUAGCCGGGCCGCCGUUACAACCACUGGCCGCCCCUCCGCUACCCAGCAUGGCGGGCACCCAACCCGUGGGCUCCCUGCCCACCUCCAUGCAGCCCUUCCCGCUGGCGUUCGACGCCACCCCUGCGCCCGUGGGCAUGUUCGCCCAGCCGCCGCUGCAGCCGGCGUUCGUGCCCAUGCAGGCCUACAUGCCCGCCAUGGGCAACAGCAUGACCUACCCCAACGCCAGCGUGGUGCCCGUGGUGGGCAUCACGCCCUCGCAGAUGGUGGCCAACGUCUUCUGCACGGCGGCCGGCUCGGGCGGAGGCGCGGCCUCCAUGGGCGUGAGCAUGGUCGGGGGGCCCAAGACCGCGAGCGGCACCAGCAACAACCCCGGGGUGAUGAGCACCGGCAUGGGGCAUCAUCCGCAGCCGGCCUUCCCCAGCCUUCCGCCACCCACCAUCGGAGGACUAGGAGGAUUCCCCACCACGGUGACGGCUCCCUUCACCACGGCACCCAUGGCCAACGGCCUCCCGCACAACCCCAUCAGCGUGAUGUCCAACGGGGCCCACCACUGCACGCCACCCGGCAGCAUGAGUUCGAUGAGCACCGGCUUUGGCAUCACGGGCAACGGAAGCAUCGGCGGCAUGCCCAUGGGCAUGGUUGGCGUAGUCGGCAGCACCACCACCACCACCAACAACAGCAGCAGUAACAGCAACAGUGCCGGCGGCUGGCCCAUGGAGAGUAUGCCACCAGCGGCGAUGCCCGGCGCCAAGCCUGACUCUCAAGAGGCCGAGCGCUUCGAGGCCAAGUGGGCGGCGCUGGAGUCCAAAGCGCAGCCCAAAGCAGCCAACCCCUUCUCCAACGACUUACAAAAGACCUUUGAGAUCGAGCUUUAACUGUGUCAAAACUGUGCCAGUGGGGACUACAGCGGGGACUAAAUGGGGAUGAAUGAAUGAAUGGAUGACUGAUUUGGGGGGUAGGGUUUGAGGGAGGGAUGGUGUGUUGGGGGGGCUGGGCCCCUGUCCCCAAAGCUAAGACUCGAAACCACUUCAAUGCUCCACCAACCCCGGCAACCACUAUUUCCGCAAAAUCACCCACUACAUACACAUGCAUACAUGCUACACUCCCACCCCAGUGCUUUUAUUUCUUCUUCAAUGUAGAUGUUAAUGCUCCUAGUUUCAUACGACCAAGAAGGUCUCUGGCAUUGCACCUGUACUACAAAACGCUGUGAGAGGAUUGUACUCCAUGUGUUGGUAGGGGGAUGGGGGUGAGGGUGAUGCCAGCCAUGUGGUGUCGUGGUGUGGUGUGGUGUGGGAGAGAAGGGGUUGUCAUCUUCCAUUCUGUGUCCGUUCAAGAGGUCAACAGUUUCCUGAACACUCCAAGCUCCCAUGAUGCACUGGCACGAAUGAGUCAUGCAUCCCAAGCCCACCAACCACUACUGUACCAAUACGUUGGCCACUCAUACAGCACCACCAAGAUGGCGGCACUAGGACAGUGGGUCCAUUCCAAUAUGCAGACUCCCGUCCUCCCUUGCUCACUUGCCAGCUUGUGACCUCGUGAUGACGUCACUGACGACGGAAAAUGAAUUCAAUGUCUUGAAAACAGCGGGGAAACAUUUUUGUUUUCUCCAUGGAGGCGGGGCGUCAGCAAAACGCGAGGCCACAAGCACAAGUGGAAGACGGGAGUCCGCUUAUUGGAAUGCACCCAGUGAGUCCAAGCUCGGGGUCCUAUUAACUGCCACACACGACGAUCACCGUUCAAACACAACACAAGAAAGACUGCAAGAGUGCUGAGUGAGCUGAUGAUGAACUAAGCAGAUGGCCUGGUUUGCUAUUUAUUAUUUUUUUAAUUUUUACGAGUUAUAUAUAUAUAUAUAUAUGUUAAAAUCUGAUAUUUUUAUUCCACGAUGAGGAAAAAAAAUUGGUAUGUUUCUUCUUGAUGGUUUCCCUGUAUUUAUUUCUGUUGAGCGGGAAAAUGGGAACUGUAAUUUGGUUUGUUUUAACAGGAGAAAUGACUCACCAAUGAGGUUGUGUGUAUGUGUGUGUGAAGUGAGUCACAUUGAUGGAUACUGUGCUGCAGAGUGUGUUUGAAAAAGAACGAGAGAGAGAAAGAGAGAGAGAGAUGGAGUGAGUGAGAGAGAAGAAAAAGUGAGUGUGUAAAUAGCAUGUUUCUUUUUUACUCUCCCUCUAUUUACUAUGCCCCCCAACAUGUGUGGCUUCCACUUGUUAUCCAACCUCAAUGAGUCACUGUCACUAAACCACCAUGUCACCAGAGCCCUCAUUAGUCUCCCCUUGGCCGAACUCAACUGUUAGGGCCACCACCGGAAUGUGGUCAGAAUGUUCUAGAAGCUUCAUGAAUGGUACAUCAAUGACAUCAGUCUACGUGUAGUAGUUCUUCAUUACAGCGCUUUUUUUAAUGUUCUCUGAAUGGAAAAUCAUGAUUAUGCAGGUUAUUCAAUCCAAAAUGUUUAGCUGAAAGCCAUUGGACUUCUUCUUUGCACUUGAAGAAUGUUUGACUCCUGAAUCCAAGAAGCUUCUUCAGAUCUGCUUUGUGUAGGGAAUGAAGAGGGAAACAUCCUCAGGCUCAAAGAAACCUGAUAACUUACAAUUAAACUCUUUGGAUAACUUGACCUGGAUGAAUAACAAUCUUCACAGACACAUGGUUGUGGAUGAUUAAGUUGUGGCAAUUUGGGGGAGAAGGGAGGCCCUGUCCUCUGUGGUGAGUGUCCAGUGCCUGUUUUCCACUGCCGUUUGUCUGGUAGGCCUAUAG